AUGACCAAAAUAAUGAAUACCGUGAUUCAACAGCAUGGAGAUAUUUCUUCAGUUCCGUUAGAAAUAUUUGGAGAAGGCGAGGUGAUCUUAAAGAUCGGAGACUACCUGUCAAUGAGGGGAAACCCAGGCUCAAUCGAGUGGAUUUGCAACCAUUCUCGAAACACCCAGCUGGCGCUUCUCAAGGGAUAUGUGGACAUUGCUCUCACGUAUGAACGUGAGCAGGAGGAGAUUGCCAUCUCCGAAGGCUGGGCUGAAAAUGCUGGAUGUAUAUUCCAUGAUCACUUCACGCUAGUUGGCCCAGAACACGACCCAGCUAGUGUCAGUGAAGUAAAGUCUAUUGAGGAAGCUUUUGAUCGAAUUGCCUCAAGCCAAUGCCUGUUUUACAACAGAAACGAUGGGUCAGCGACUAUGUAUAAAGAACGUGAAAUCUGGAGCCGAUGCCAUCGUCAUCCAUGGGAGGCAAAUUCCAAUUCAUCGAAGUGGUACAUCAAAACUACGUAUAACCCGGCAGAUGCAGUAUCCUUUGCAACCGCCACGGGGGCAUAUCUACUUAUUGAUCGGUCGACUCUCCUGAAGCAGGUCAGUCGGCGUACCGUGGCCAAUUGGGCUGUCUUUUUUGAGCCUACUGAUCCUUUCCAUUUACUGAUGAAUUCUUGUUACGCUCUUCAUACGCCACUGGGAAGUUCCAGUUCCAACGAAGAGAUAACCAAGUUCAUCGAAUAUCUGAAGUCUGAUAGAGGACGAAAAGUCAUCGCAAGUUAUGGAGUGGAUAAAUUAGGGACUCCUUUUUUUGCGUCAGUCGAGCAAGGGUUUGCGACAACUCCACUGGUUGGUUUGCAUCGAAAUAUAUACCGGGCAGAACAAAAUAUAUAG